UUGAAAUCAGACAGAUAGUUGAGACAAAGGUGCGCCUACGUGCCAACAUUUGGGUCGAAAAAGGUCGAUAGCAGACAUCUGCAAAGAGCAAACGUUUAAAUCUUAUGGAUGAUGGGUCAAGAUGUCAACCUGGCAGACAGUUUUCGUGUUUAUUUGGGAGGAGACAAAAGCCGACAAGGGUCAGGCAGAAACAAACAAAAUUUGAUAUUAUGAAAACACGGGUCCAAUUACCUUUCUGACGAAAAGCAACAGAAGAGUUGUUUGGGUAAACCAAAUACCACAUUGAAAGUAACCCACAUUCAAAUUUCUUUGUGAGGAUCCAGGCACCUCUUUCGAUCCCCACCAGCAGAAAAAUCGUUGAAAAAUCAUGACCGCGCUAACUACGCCAGUGUCAAAGCAGCUUAUUAGAAUCGAUAAAGAUGACUCGCGUCUAGUGUAUCAGUCAACCCGACACACAAAAACGCGAUUCUCGUCAUGAAACCGCGAAGGUGACGUAGAAGGGUAACUGAAACCUCGCCUGGUAAACACGGCGUUUCGUAUGGUACGACGUACGGCGCGAUGUCACUGUUGACGGUGGAGAUGCCGUAUGAAUGAACUGCUGACGAAAGCAGCUGGGUUGACGAUGCAGUGGGAUACUAGUACACUGUGCAUGCAGUGAGGCCCGCGAUGCGGGAAUGAUAUAUAAGAAACAGAUGGGUUUGGGAGGUUGUCAUUCGAUCAAACUUCGACGAGCGGGAGCAACGCGUGUGUAGCUGUUUUAAGCCAUCGGGUUUUCUGGAGCUUACACAUCAGACUGUGUACUAUAGCUCUGUAGUCCCGGGGUUUGAAAACUCAACAAGCUCGCAUCAGCAAGCCAACCCAGUUCUCUCGAUUGUUUAUCAACAUCUUCGGCCGAUCGUAACCAUCAUGUUCCCGCAGGAGUGCAAGUCAAGCCACCAUGCCUUGGUGCGUGCCAUCUCGGCAGGUCGUCCCCGUCAAGUUGGGAUGCUCUUGGAUGCCGGAACGAGUCCCGAUGAGAGAGACGAGUGCGGCAAGACGCCUCUCAUCCACGCCAUCUUCGUGGAGGAUCCCAAGAACCGCCGCAAAGUCGUCAAGAUGCUGCUCAAGAAGGGUGCCGCUGUCGCCACCACCGACGCUACGGGGAGGAGUGCCCUCUCGUGGGCGUGUCUGCAAGGCAAAGACAGGGAGGUGGAUCUGCUGCUGCAGUACAGCGACGUCAACUUGGACUUGAACCACAACGACGUCAGCGGGCGCACGGCCCUGUUCCACGCUGCCAGCUCCGGCAGCGCCGCGUCAGUCAAGCUGAUGGUUGACGCCCUGGUGGAGUGUGGCAUGAGCGUGGAUGUGGCCGACUUCAACGGGGUGACUCCCCUCAUGCAAGCCCUCAGUCUCGGCUUCGAUGUCUGCGCCACCAUCCUCAUCAAGCAAGGCAAGGCAUCCACCACCGUGGCAGAUUCCAGCUUCCUGAGUGCCUUCGACUGGGCCAAGCCCAGCCGAGGGUCCCCAGUCCCCCGCAACCAUCUUCCCGACAUCUCCGAGUCUUCGAGUUCAAGGGGUGUCUUCAGCGCGGACUGCCGCCGUCGCAGCAGCGGGCUGUGCAGGAUGUGCACCCGGGUCUCCUCGGUCACCGACACGGAGUUCGAUUCCUGCUACGGCUCCGAGUCGUCCUACUGCGAGGACGGCUUGAACGACCUGGACACCAGAGGACGGUCGCAGUCAUUCAGCGACGACGACAUCUUUGACCUGGCGUCCCUGUCUCUGGCCGACUUUUCUCCCAAGAGGAGGCCAUCUUCUCAAGAUUCUGGAUGCGAGAGCUGUCAAGAUGGAUUGCCUCCAAUAAACAAACGACCAGGCUCGGCAGUAAGACGACCAAGAGCGCACAUCCGCCGAAACACUGUCUCGGGACGCCUCGGAAAUAUUCGUGAGAGCACCGGCAGCGACGAAGUGUUCUCCGAUGACGAUGACGACUGCCGCUCGGCCCUCUCCGACCAAUCAGAGAUGAGGAGACAACACGGGUUCCCGAUGAUUUCAGAAGGGCGUUUCUCAUUGGCUUCCCGGGCCGACGGCAGCACCAGACCGCUGACUGCACUACGUGCGCAGAUCGACAAACUUCUGUAACUUGUAACAAAUUCGGAUUGUCCAAAUUCCGGUGAGAUUCCCUUUUUGGUCAAAACAUCAUAAAAUGACAAAAACAAUAAAUAAAACAACUGAAACUUCAAAUCGAUUGAAAAGGUAUUCAUUAUAAGCUAAUUAAAGCAACAAAACUUACUUAACAUUGGCGAUAAAACAACAGAGUGUUGGGUAUUCACUAAUCAUAUUUCGAAUCCUAAACCAGUUUUUCUUUCACUUUCUCGUUAAGAAAUUGAAUCUAUUUUAAUGGCAUUGUAAAAACAAAUGAAGCAAAUAAACUCUUUUAGACUGAAAUGGUGAAUAUCAUCCGAUUAAAAUGAAAUACUACAGGAAAAGUAAAACCACCCAAUAAGUUAUUUGCUGACCAAU